AUGACUGGCAGUAACACCGACCCCGAUCCGAUGAAGUGUCGGUGGUUUUGUCACGAUACGGCGGUGACACUGUGCAGCUGGAGAACCCGGCUGGCUUCAACCCCUGCCUCGCGGCAGCUGCAGCGCAGCCAGGACGAGGCCUUUGAGCGCAGGCCUGUGCCUGCAGAACGUGGCGCCUCUCGGGUGGCACCAGGCCGCACAGCGCCCGAGUUCAACCGGACCCAGCGCCCUUGGCCUCUGUCUUCAGGUUCUGAGUUCGGAGAGGAAAACUGGUGUUGUAGUUACAUUCUUCCUGUAUCUUCAUAUUCAGAAUUUUGUUAUUAUUGGCUGUUCCUCUUAGGUUUCCAGAUUUCCUCCAGUCCUUAUAAGCACCAUUGUAAGGUGAUCUCAAACUCAGAAAAAAAGGGAUUUAAUUCUCAAUCAAAGUGAUUUCAGUAUAACCAGAGUGAAAAUCCAGGCCCAGGAUUCUAUAACGUCACUCAUCAGUCUCCAGGGAUCAACAGCACUUCAUUGUCAAAGAAAGGAACUGGAUACUUUCCGUCACUGGUUCCACACACUGCACGCAAGAAAAUCUCCAGCUAUCCAGCUGCGAAUGCCUACAACAGCCUAUCCUAUUUUCAGUCCAGACGAGACUUUAGCGUGGGAAACUCUAGGGUGUUUCAACAACCUGUUUCUAGGAAGACUGAGAAAAUCCCUACUCCAGCCCCCAAUCAAUACCAUACAUCUAUGGAUUUCUGCAAGCAAAGCAACAAUGUUUCUGCCCAUGCAGUCUUUGUGUCCCAAACCACAAGAGGAUUAAAUUUGGAAAAAAUUGGAAAAUGGCCUUCUCCAUGUCACUACAACAUCAGCGAUUCCCUCACCAAGGUGUCUCCCAAGGGUAUAACACCUUGCUUCAAGUCAAAGACCUCCCGCCUGACAAGGACAGACAGAAUUACUGCAGAGCCCACAAUCUAUCAGCUACAUAAACCCACCAGGGAAGCAAAGAAAACUCCUUUCAAAUAAUUCCCCAGAGGUUUUGGCUUAGGAAGAUUAAGCACUGACCUCUCCAGGGCACCUGACAGAAACAACAGCUUUUAUUUCCUGACAAAACUCCACCACUAUGGGACAAGCUUCUUAAGCCUCUUCUCU